GAUCCAACGGACAAGAUGAGCGUGUGAACCGUUCUGUAUCGACGAGCGGUUGCAAAUAAUAGAAAAUCCCCCGCCACGUGUUUCCGUAUAUCUCACUCUCUCCAUAACCAUCACUCACUCUCUUCAUCUUCUCGCCAACCUUCCUUAAUCUCUCUGAAAAAAGCUCAACAGCAAUGGCGAAUUUCACCGUCAAUCGCGUCGAAACAUCGCCAAUUGAAGGCCAGAAGCCUGGUACAUCUGGACUCAGGAAGAAGGUUAAAGUAUUCACCCAACCACAUUACUUGCAUAAUUUCGUUCAAUCGACAUUCGAUGCCCUUUCUGCAGAGAACGUUAAAGGUUCUACACUUGUUGUUUCGGGUGAUGGACGGUACUACUCAAAGGAUGCAAUCCAGAUUAUAAUCAAAAUGGCAGCUGCAAAUGGUGUAAGACGCGUUUGGGUUGGCCAAAAUGGACUUUUAUCCACACCUGCUGUAUCAGCAGUUGUAAGGGAACGAAUUGGGGCCGAUGGUUCCAAAGCAAAUGGGGCAUUCAUAUUGACAGCUAGUCACAACCCUGGUGGGCCCAAUGAGGAUUUUGGAAUUAAAUACAAUAUGGGAAAUGGUGGGCCAGCACCCGAAGGAAUUACUGAUAAAAUCUUUGAGAACACAAAAACAAUAAAGGAGUAUUUUAUUGCAGAAGGCCUACCUGAUGUGGAUAUCUCAGUAACUGGGAUUUCAAACUUUUCUGGUCCUAACGGUCAAUUUGAUGUUGAUGUCUUUGACUCAGCAAGUGACUAUGUGAAAUUGAUGAAGUCAAUCUUUGACUUCCAGUCCAUCCAAAAGUUAAUUACAUCUCCACAAUUUAGUUUCUGUUUUGAUGCACUUCAUGGAGUUGGUGGAGCUUAUGCUAAACGUAUGUUUGUUGAAGAGCUUGGUGCAAAGGAGAGCUCGUUAUUGAACUGUGUUCCUAAGGAAGACUUUGGUGGUGGACAUCCCGAUCCUAAUCUAACCUAUGCAAAAGAGUUGGUAGCAAGAAUGGGAUUGGGUAAUAAUGCUGAUAGUAACCCACCAGAGUUUGGUGCUGCUGCUGACGGUGAUGCUGAUAGGAACAUGAUCCUUGGUAAAAGGUUUUUUGUUACACCUUCGGAUUCUGUUGCCAUCAUUGCUGCCAAUGCUGUUCAAGCCAUUCCCUACUUUUCAUCUGGAUUGAAGGGUGUUGCCAGGAGCAUGCCAACAUCUGCUGCUCUUGAUGUUGUAGCUAAUAGUCUGAGCCUUAAGUUUUUCGAGGUACCAACUGGCUGGAAAUUCUUUGGUAACUUGAUGGAUGCUGGUUUAUGUUCAAUUUGUGGUGAAGAAAGUUUUGGAACAGGGUCGGACCAUAUUCGUGAAAAAGACGGAAUCUGGGCUGUGUUGGCUUGGUUAUCCAUUCUGGCUCAUAAAAACAAGGACAAUCUCGAUGGCGGGAAACUUGUGACCGUUGAAGAUAUUGUGAAGCAACACUGGGCGACUUUUGGCCGUCACUAUUAUACUCGCUAUGAUUAUGAGAACGUCGAUGCGGGUGCUGCAAAGGACGUAAUGGCUCACUUAGUCAAGCUGCAAUCCUCUAUCAGUGAUAUUAACACUACCUUAAAGGGUAUACGAUCAGAUGUGGCAGAUGUCGUCGCUGCCGAUGAAUUUGAAUACAAAGAUCCGGUUGAUGGUUCAGUCUCUAAAAAUCAAGGAAUUCGUUAUUUAUUCGAAGACGGGUCACGUUUGGUUUUCCGUUUAUCUGGGACCGGGUCAGAAGGUGCCACAAUUCGUCUUUACAUUGAGCAGUACGAAAAAGAUUCGUCCAAAACCGGAAGAGAUUCUCAAGAAGCACUUGCUCCUUUGGUUGAUGUUGCACUAAAGCUGUCAAAGAUGCAAGAAUUCACCGGCCGUUCUGCACCUACUGUGAUCACAUAGAUAUAUAUACACAUGCUGCUGCUAUGAGCCUGUGAUCAAUACCGUAUGUAUUUUUUCGUGUUUUAUAGCAAUAAAGUUGACUUUCAGUGGUGCGGUUCUUGCUUGUUACUUUCACAGGCAUCAGUUUGUUGAAUGCUUUGAUGAUUUACAAAGUUUUGUUGUGUUAAUCAUUCAGUCAGACCUUGAGAAUCUUUUGCCAACACCAA